AUGCCGCCCCCCUCCAACGAGCCCGUCGUCCUCGGCAGCAGCAACGUCCCCUACUCGCCCUUGAGCCCGAGCCCGAGUGCGCUCGUCCGCUCGGCAGAUGGCCAGCUCGCAGCAGUCGCACGAGGCGAGAUCCACCUCUUUACACCCGCACUCGGCUACACCGACGCCGCCAAAGACGUGUCUGCGACUGGCGCCAUCGCGUCGCACGCCGGCACGAGGGGCGGCGCCGACGCCCUCGCGAGCGGCGCAAAGGGCAAAGGUCGCGAGAACGACGUGCCGCUGUUGCGCUCGACCAUCCCGAUCGACCGCCGCAACAUCGUCAAGUGGGCAGACUGGGCAGACGAGUACGACCUGUCGCUCCCGUCGGGCGUCGAGCCGUCGUGGCGCAGCGCCACCUGGUCUCCAUCCGGCAUGUCGUCCCUCGGCGGCUGCAUCCUCGCGACCCUGACGAGCAACGCCGAGGUCCUCCUGUUCGAGCCGCCCAAGAACGGCGCCAAGGGCGAGUGGUUCGAGACGGCCGACUUGACGGCGCUCCUCAUCCGGGACCUCGUCACCGACCAUGGCGGCAAGCCCUCGGCCACGCGCAAGAUCCGCCGCGAGCUCGUCGCCGAGCUCCUCCAGUGCCAGUCUUCCGCUCUCGCCUGGUCGUCCGCCGUGCCGGGCACCGCACUCGACCUGUCGCUCCUCGCGCUCGGGCACCGGUCGGGCGAGGUCACGCUCUGGCGGCUCGGCAAUGAGCGCAAGCCGGUUCAAGUCGCGCGCUUCAAGCCGCAGGACGAGACGAACAUCGUCGGCGUCUUGCGCUGGUCCGAGUGGACGACCUCGACUUCUGAUGACGGCACCGCGACCGCGACCGCGCACCUCGCGCUCGCCGACGCCGACGGCCGCGUCUUUGCCGUCCCGGUCUCGCAGGCGCUCGUCCUCGCCGAACGCGGCGAGGGCUCGUGUGAUGUCGGGAGCGCGGUGCGUGUCGAUGGGGCCGACGGGCGGGCGGCGACGCAGCUCGAGUGGGUGCCGGUGGGGGACAAGGUCCAGCUCGCGUACUCGAAGCUUGGGACGAUGCACCUCGCGCAGAUCGCCGACGCGCAGGUCGUGCGCGAGGGCGAGGUCGAGCUCGAGACGGUCGGCGGCGACGAGUGGAGCGGCGCGACGAGCUGGGCUCCUUGCAGCGGCAUACAACACCUUCCCUCCCGCGACGCGCUCCUCGUCUCGCUCUCGUCCGGCUCGUUCCACCUCUUCCACCUCGCCUCCUCCUCCUCAUCGUCUUCCACCGCCCCUCCUCUCCUCCUCGACCACGACCUGUCCGCCUCGUACACGUCGGCGGCCCACACCUGCUUCGUCCAGUCGCUCACGGCCGCGCGCCAGCACAAGGACCGCUUCAAGGCCGAGGGCGACGGCCCCGUCACGCGCCGCGAGGGCGCAAAGGUGCUCGGGUGCGUCGCGCUCGACAGCGGGAGGGACGGCAUGGACGUCGCGUGGAUCUUCGAGUCGGCUCGCCCAGAUGUCUUCUCGUACCGCACGCCGGCCGACACGCGCACGCACCUCAUGCUCGCCAACCUGUCGGGGCCCGAGAGCGCCGAGAGCGUCCUGAGCGCCGUCGACCGGGCUCUCGCAGGGCCGAUCAACAUCCGCACCCACGCACCACUCGCGACCCUUGGCCCGCUCCUUCAUGCCCUCUCGGCGCACGUCGCCGACCCAGCGUUCGUCGACCAGCUCCUCGAGCGGCUGCAGCCUUUGCCGGUCCCGCCGGCGGCGCCCGUCCCGAGCGACGCGACGCUCGAGGAGCGCCUCGAGGCGAUGGUACAUGCGGAUGCGGGUGUCGGGCGCGUCAGGGUGCAGGAGGCGCUCGCGAGGGGGAUCCUCGGUCGUCGCUCGUCCUUGUCGCCCGAGAGCGAGCACGCCCUCGUCCUCGUGCAGCUUGGGCUCGCGAGGCAGCUCAUCAAGGAGACGCUCGGCCGCUUGACGGCCGCGCUCGGCGCCAUGCCUCUUUCUGACCUCGAGCGCCCGUACCACGCGCGCCUCCUCCUCGCGUCGGCGUCGCUCGUCCCGCCGUCGACGACCGACCCCGAGGCGGCGCUCCUGCCCGCCGAGGCGCUCGCCCGGGCGUACGAGGCGCGCGACGUCGCGUGCCCGGCGUGCAAGGCGCACGUCCCGCUCGCCAACGUGCGGUACGCGUCGUGCGAGAACGGCCAUCGAUGGGAGCGCUGCUCGCUGUCGCUCGGCCUCAUCGCGAGCGUCCAGGUGCGCACGUGCUCGUCGUGCGAGCGCAAGGCGCUCCUGCCUGCGGCGCUCGGCGCGCUCCCGCCGGACGGGCCCGUGCGCAGGAUGCUCGAGAAGGCGACGGCCCCUUCGCCGACGCCGCCCGCUCGCUCCUCGCAGUUCGACAUCAAAGUGCCCCUCUCGACCUUAUCCUUAUCCAGCCCAACCCUUGUCGACGUCGCCCUCGACCUCGCCGUCCUCGCCGUCCGCUUGCACGCGAUGCGCCUCUUCACCCGUACCUCGUCCCCUCUACCGUGGCGGUCGCCGCACCCGCAAGGGUACGACUCGCUCGGCCCGACCUCGUUCGCAGCGUCGUUCCUGUCGGCCCUGCGCGGCCGCUCCCUCGCCCUCGCCGCCCUCGCCCUCUUCACCAUGUGGGGCGUCUUGUCGCUCGUGUCGCCCAUCUCCGUCUUCCCCCUCCUCUCGACCGACGACAUCGACGCCCGCCCCUUCACCCGCAAGGGCCUCGCGCCGCGCCUGUACCGCGAGCUCGACCAGGUCGACCACCGCGCGGCCAUCCUGCGCCCGACCGAGCGCCCGUUCGUCCGCGAGCGCUACCCCGAGGACCCGGUCCCGUGGAGCAGCGCGGCCCUCCUCCCGCCGCGCAGUGAGGGCAGCGAGCGGCGCAAGGCGGCGGCGCUGCGGCUCGCGGUCGGCACCGAGGACGCGUCGGGCGACGGCGUGUUCGUCCAGCCGGCGCAGCCCGUCGUCGACGAGGACCCGAUCCCGGUGCACGCGAUCGACGUCUUCCCGCGCAAGAUCGCGCUCGAGCCGGGCCAGGGCGGCGUCGAGGAGUUCCUGCCCGCGGGCGACCGCCUCAUGUACGGCAUCGUGACGACGACGCAGCGGGCCAAGAUGAUGAGCCAGCUGUGGACGCGGUGGAUGGUCCCGCGGUACCCGGCCCAGGAGGGCGCGCCGGCGUGCCUCGUCCUGCUGAGCGAGGAGGAGGACGAGCGCGACGUCGAGGACCUCAAGGGCGUCCUGCGCGCGAGGGGCCUCCCGUGCGGCGUCCGCAAGGGCAAGCACGAGCGGUACGAGGUUCGCGUCAUGUCGAUGAUCCAGGAGAUGAAGGACUAUGCCGCCGACAUCGGACAACCGAUCGACUGGUUCGUGUUCAACGACGACGACACGUUCUGGGUCGACCCUCGUGCUACUCGUCGCAUGCUCUCCAAGUACGACCCGCACGAGCAGUACUUUAUCGGUGCCACGACUGAAGCCGAGAAGCAGCUCUCGCAGUUCGGCCGCAUGGCGUUCGGCGGCGCCGGCAUGCUCGUCUCGCGCGCCAUGAUGAGCGCCAUGUACGCGUCCUGGGCCGAGUGCUUCGAGCGGUACCGGGACCUGUUUGGCGGCGACGAGAUGCUCACUCGGUGUGCGGCGACGGCGUCGGGCAGGACCAAGCAGACGGUGACGACCGAGGAGAGGGGCCUGCACCAGUUCGACAUCCCCGGCGACUCGACCGGCGUCAUGCAGGGCGGCAUCCCGAUGCUCUCGCUCCACCACUUUAUGGGCGGCGGCUGGGUCCACCUCUUUGCCUACGGCUCGCUCCUCGCCGACAUGGCCCAGAUCAGUCGAGUGCGCGCCGCGGCCGACUUUCUCGGCGGCGACAACAUGUUUCAGCGCCACGUGUUUGGCGACGGCAAGUGGCUCGUCACGCUCGGGUACUCGGUCACGUACUUUGAGCAGGCGCUCAAGCCCGAGGACAUGGCCUACAUGGAGCACACGUGGUACGAGGACUACCCGCUUUCGUUCGAGGACCGCCCGCACAUCAGCGAGCGCCACGACGAGAAAGGUCGGCCGGCGAAACAGACGUUCUACAUCGACUCGACGGACGUCGUCUCGCCCAACUCGGCCCUCUUCACCUACGUGCAGGCCGACUCGUGGGACGAGCACUUGUCCGACAAUCAGCGCGUGCGCAUAAAGCUCUUCUGGGACGGCGGCGACUCGCAGGCGAGCGCCACCACCGCGCACCGGCAGGACCCGGGCGCGCUCAGCUAG